UUUGACGGUCGCGAAGUUUUCGCCGCUGCUCCAUUUACUUCUGGUGCAGGUUAGAUCCUUCUACCUACCAGUCUCUUGUAGAUCCCGAUCUUUGAAUAUUUGCACAGCAAUCAUGGGUGUUUCAAUCGUUCUGGGUAGCCAGUGGGGUGAUGAAGGAAAGGGAAAGAUUACGGACAUGCUCGCGCAGCAGGCUACGCUGUGCUGCCGUGCCGCUGGCGGUCACAAUGCGGGCCAUACUAUUGUCCAUGGUGACAAGACCUAUGACUUCCACAUUCUUCCCUCUGGCUUGAUCUCCCCUUCAUGUAUCAACCUUAUCGGUGCUGGUACCGUCGUUCACGUUCCCAGCUUUUUCAAGGAGUUGGCUUCUCUUGAGGAGAAGGGUCUCGAGGGUGCUAGCAAGCGCAUUUUCAUUUCUGACCGCGCCCAUGUCUGCCUUCAGCUGCACUCCGUUGUAGAUGGUUUGGAGGAGGCCAAGCUGGGUGGUCGCAAGGUUGGCACUACUGGCAAGGGUAUUGGCCCUUGCUACAGUGAUAAGGCUUCUCGCAGGGGUAUCCGUGUGGGAGAGAUCCUGGAUGAGGCGGUUUUUGAGCGCAAGUUGCGCUCUCUGGACGCCGGAUAUCGCGCCCGAUUCGGCGAUUUGGAAUAUAACGUCGAGGAGGAGCUUGCGCAAUUCAAGGAAUACCGCAAACUCCUGGGUCCUUACAUUGUCGACCAACUGGCCUUCCUUCAAAAAUACAAGGACUCUCCGAACACCUUGGUCGAGGGUGCUAACGCUCUUAUGCUCGACUUGGAUCACGGCACCUACCCCUAUGUGACGUCCUCGUCCACCGGCCUGGGCGGUGCUAUGCAAGCCCUGUCUCUGAACCCCACUAGCAUCAAAUCCGUUAUCGGUGUUGUGAAAGCCUACACUACCCGUGUCGGCUCUGGGCCUUUCCCUAGCGAACAGUUCAACGAGGAUGGCGACAAGCUGCAGAGUGUCGGCAGGGAGUUCGGUGUCACUACCGGUCGUCGUCGUCGCUGCGGCUGGCUUGACUUGGUCGUCUGCCGCUACUCGCAGGCGAUCAACCACUACACCGCUCUAAACCUGACCAAGUUGGACGUUCUGGACGACUUCGACGAGAUCAAGGUCGGCGUUGCCUACAUCCUGCCCGACGGCACCCGCACCGAGAACACUAUCCCUGCCGACGCCGAGGUCCUCGAGAAGGUGAAGGUCGAAUACGUUACUCUCCCCGGCUGGAAGAGCAACACCAUGGGCGUCAAGAAGUACGAAGAUCUCCCCGCCAAUGCGCGCGCAUACAUUGAGUACAUCGAGCGCGAACUGGGUGGCGUUCCUGUGAAAUGGAUCGGUACCGGUCCGGCUCGCGAUGACAUGAUUGCCCGCGAGUAGAGCAACUGGAAUUUUGACUACAUCUAGACGGGUUGAUCCUUGUUUUCUUUCUCAGCUUCAUUUCCAAUAAAAUAUCCUGAUGUGUCAUUGAGGCGACAUCAUCCUUGUACGUUUUGUUUCCGCGGUCGACCCGAAAAUCUAUAUCUACGAAUGACGAUGUCCGAUAGGGGUAGAUAUGGAUUGGUCUAUACAGAUGAAUAGAUGCUUGAAAUUUACCUUUUAAUGACAUGCCUUUCUGCUGUAUAAAUUGUCUCCUGUUCUGUACGUAUGGGUCAUGGUAUCUUGUCCUUUUAUCUUUGUGCGAUAAUCACGGCGAGAUGUUAAAUAAUUAGAUCGUAUUCUGCUUGGCUCAUGG